CUCUUGCACUCUGACCAGUCACUCGACGACGGCAACCAAGUCUUGACGCUGUCGGCGUCGCCAUCGCCCGCGACGUCGCCGCAGCCAGCACGCCCCUGGACGCCGCCCACGCGUCUUCCCGCAUCGUCGCUUUCGACAGCCUCAUGCCCCCGAGCAAGUGUGACCGACAUAUGGUGAUGGACUCUGACCUCCUCCUCUCAUCCCAUCCGCCUGCUUUCUCUCGCACCUCUUCGUAUUCCGUCGUCGACAACAAAUCCGCCCUCGCUGCAGGCGAAAUAGACCAUCGCCGCAGGUCGAGUGCCUCUCAGAUCAUUCCCAUCGUAUCCCAGGCCGUCUACUCUGCGACUCCCCCAAGCGGCCCUCGACGCUCUCCACUCGCACCCCUCGACCACCAGUUCUCCUCUGCUUCCAAUAAAGACAUGGACAGUCCAGACGAGGACGCAUAUCAGUCCGGAAGAAAAUCGUCCAUUACAUUGACAAACAAAACUCGUCCAACGCCAUACACCCAACGCAAUCCAAGUCGACGACAUGCACCAGGACAGCAGCGCCGCACAUCGUUACCUUCACUCCAGCCUUCUCACGAGCCGCCGCCGCCGUUGCCGUCCCUGCCACCCGCGAAUCCGGUCUCCCCAUAUGAGCUGGCGAUCACGCAUGAGGAAGAUUCUGACAUUUACAGUCGCUUGAGUACGUUCACCUUUGGCGAUCCGCAGUCUUCGGCGCAACAGACCGCAGCAUCCGGAGCUGCGUCCUCGUCACAUGCGCCCCCUCCUUCGGAUGAUACCGAGGGCAUUUCGCCUCUCGACAAGACUCCCCGCCCCUCCGUCGCGCACGCAUAUACGCAUAUACCGAAGUCGCAUGAAGAGCAGUCCGCCGCUAACGGAUGGUCGAGUCAAUCGGAAGAUGAGGAAGAUAGGAGACGAACAAACACUCGAUCAAAAAUGCGUGCCAUUGAUGAUGGCACGCGGAGACCUUCACUGCCGAGCAACGACGUUCAGCAGCAGCAGUAUUGGUCCGGCUCUGCGAUUUCAACUGACGUCGAGAAUAGAAGGACCACUUCGGAAGGAAGAGGGGACCGAGAACACGGAAGACAUGGUCCGCUACCAAUAUCGCCAGCGUCGCCGACGGAUGGCGAGGCGGAGUUAGAUACUGACGUGGACCUAAUGUCCAUUGAUGACACUGCUGACAGACGGAGAAGAGGCAUGUAUCACGGGAUGAGUGACCACUCCAGCGUACACUUAAACAGUGACGUUGGCUCCGCGUACGGAGAAGCUGAUGACCGAAUCAUCCGACAUACGGAAGGUGAGGGUGAGGGUGAAGCUAUGGACGAAGACGAGGACGGGAGUGGCGCGGCUCGGAAGGACUCAGCACGAACAUGGGUCGAUACUUCUGAGCGACGAGGGUCACUCCCAAUGGACAUCCCGUACCCGGCCUCUUACUCCUCUUCUCGAUCAAGUCACGCCUAUGCCCCUUCUCAACAUCCACAUCUUGAAGACGCAACUUUCGACGCACAUGCCCGUGCUCAAGCGCAAUUGCGUAGGCCAUCUCGUAGUGUUGAUGAUGACCUUCAACGAGCUGCAUUACACCUUCAGCGGAAAGCUUCACGAGUCCCCUCUGCAACCUCCGGGGGUUCCGGUUCGGACACUGCGGGACGCGAGCCAUCUAGUGAGCCAGAUAUGCGGGGCGUUGCUAUGGCACAGGCCAUUGCGCAGGCACACCUGGAUGCACAGGCAGAAAGCGGUGCUGCAUUGAAUCGCGGUGCCGAGCCUGGCAGUACUAACGACGAGCCCUAUCAGGGUCUGGAUCUUAACUAUAUUCUUUCGGUGACUGGUGGAUCAGGAGCCGGGUUAGAUACUCGCGGAAGCGAUUCAUGGAGUGGACGGUUGAGUGUUGGGAGUAGCGUUGUUGCUGCACGCGAUCUGAGUUGGGCAGCUGGCUGGGGAAUCAGUCAUGCUCUGGGACGGCGUCAGAGUACGGCGACCGUCAAUGAUGAUACGUUUUUACGAUUUGUAAAGAAACACGAUUUCUCUUAUGAUGAGCGGAAGCGUGAAUGGACAUUCGCUCGGGAGCAUCGGGAGCCAGAUCUUCAUCAUAGUAUGAAACCAGGCCAAGAAAUAUGGAGAUGUCUCUGGGUAGGAAGAUAUAGAGUCGAGAAGAUUCAAAGCAAAAAUGUCGACCCAUCUAGACCCCCACAAGCUCGUCUUCAGAUUAAACAUCUACCAGAUCCAUAUUCCAAAGGGAGUGCAACUGGCGGCCCGCAGACAUUUAUUCACAAGCAUUCACGUGCGCAGGCAUUUUCGAUCUUCCGCGGAUUCGUACUUCCCACCCGACACUUGAAGACAAGCUCGAGUAUUCUUCUCGCACCGAAGAAGGUACAAGAACAGUUUACUAGCACUCGAACAACAGCCAAGCUUAGCACGCAUGGUCUUCUUGAUGACUCGGUUCCGAGUACGGCCUCCAGCUCGAGGCGGGAUCGCGAGCGGGAACGGGAGCAGACUGCCUCUGGAUCGACAGUUGCUAGCGCUGCUACGAGCACGACAAGCGUAAGCGUGAGCGGCCUUUCUCACUCAGCCAGCACGACGGAACCGUCUUCCUGGAAUUCGAAAACGUCCUUUGGCGCGCCUGCCGGAGAACAACGGACCACGAACAAGUUGAGGUUGAAAACUGAUAUGGACAGCGGGACUGAGACUAGGAAUACAGUCGACCGUAAAGGCAAAGGAAAGGACGUCGCGGUCUCGCCGGUUGAUCUGCCUCCAAGCUCGAGCCAUAGUCACACGAGUGGUGGUAAUUAUACAGCGCCAUCGCCUGACAGAGAUCGAGGCUCAAGUGAUGCGGAUACUCCUCACUCGCGAACAGUUAUGCAGCGGCCGUAUGUCGAGCAUCCACAUCGGCCGGUAGAUAUGGAUACGGAUACGGCUUCGUUCAAUCGACCUGUUUCUUCACUGGCCGAAACGGCGUCGGUGGUUUCAGACAGCUCUCAGCAGUUCAGUUCUUCGAUUUCUAAUUGGGACCAGUCAUCUAUCGGCUCUUCAACACGACAAGUACGAAAGGAGCCGAAUCUAAUUCGGCAGGUUGCGAAGCUACCAACUCAAGCUCGAGGGUCAAUUGGUUCGUUGGACGAGGAGCCUGUUCGAACAUCCCAUGCAGAGGCAUUUGCGACUCUUGAUGCACCAUUUAUUGAGUAUCUGCGCUCCCACGCUGCGAACUAUGAUACAGGGUCGGAACAUGAUUCACAGCCUUCGAAGUUCAAGGGUCUACGCAAGCUCUUCCAUCCACCGCCGUUGAAGAGCUUGUCCAAACAGAGUCCUCAGGCUGCGGGUACAAGUGUCGCAGUGCUGGAGGGACACUACACACCGCCGUGGUUGACGAUGGCAGCUCGUUCGAAGCAAGAAGAGCAGGAGCGUGUGAUCAAGAACUUGAAUGAUUCGUUCCGUGAUGUUGGCUUGCUUCCAUCUUUCAAGCCGAGUCGAAACCGCCAGAAUAAGAAGGGCAAGCACACCAGCGAUAACGUCUUUGACCAAAUUCCGGAUGAUUCACUGUAUAUGCUCUUACCCAUGUGGCCUGGCGAGACUGACCCCGAUGACCCGGAACUUAUGGACUUCCCGCUUGGUAAGGACGGCCUCGAUAUUCCACUGCACGAACGCCAGUAUUUACUGGUUUAUUACGUCCCGAACGAGUUGAGCAAGGAGAGCAAAGACAAUUCGGGAGACAAAAAGCGUGCACGCACGCAGACUGCUUCUGCGUCUUCGCACGCCUCAGACGCAACGCUUGUUACUGGAAAAGGUGCAAGCAAGAACACCGUCGCGUUGAGCUCGUUCAACAUCCUUGCUCGACUCGUAUCAUACAAAGACGUCCUCGGUUCAGGGAUUCGUAUACCGACGACUGGGUUAGCGAUUUCGGGACCUAUGUCCGAGGGUAUUGCUGCGAUCCCGCAGAUACGGUUCCAAGUGGAUGACUUAGCGUUGAUGAUUGCGUUUUGCGCUAGUAGGGAGAGGGGUGUGGAGGUUGUACCUGAGGGAGUUGAGAAACUUGGGUUGUGCCUGCCGCGAACGAAUCCGGACCCUGAUUCUGAUGCUCCGCUGAGCCCGCUUGGACGUGCGGCGGUUGAGAUGGCGUGGCUUGGUGCGUUGGCUAUUAUGGGGUUUAAUCUUGUUGGGUUAUAAGAAUAUAUCGCCAGCGGUUUUUUUGUUUUAUAUUCUUUCUGUUUUAUAUGCGUGUAUCUUCGGUAUUGAUAUUCUCUUCUAAGUUUUGGUUUUCGCCUUUAUCUUUUUCCUCUCUUCUUCUUUCUCACUGACUUGCGUGCAAGUGCUUUGUGCCUUUGUGGAUCACACCUAACAUUUACGGUCUUUCCGUUUCUUUUUACUGAUCUUGAUUUGAUUUUCUUUCUUUCUUCGUCUUUUUACUUACACCCGGUGCUUUAUGCCAUACUUUGUCUUAAGUAGCAGAUCUACUUGCUUUUACUUUUAACAAAUUGUUUCCUUAGCUCUUUCCUCCCUCUUCCCAUCUCCGUCUCC